UUACAGUGAAAUAGACAACGUAUUUUAAACCAAUACAUUGAAUGAAGUUUCUACUGACCUACUGAAGAGUAGCGAGUAGUGUUCGAGUUUCAAAUUAAUGCGGCACUUUUGUGGAACUUACCUGAGCGCGUGUAUUCGAUGUCAAGUGCUCGCGAGGGAAACUUCGAGUGUCCACCUAAUUAAAUAUUUUCAAAUUUUGCAAGAAUGUAAAGCUGGUGUUAAAUUGGGGAGAAAGCCGAAUGUGUUCAAAUAUGCUAAUCAGAAGUGCAGUGAUUUAUACGUCAUUAUUUAUUCUUUGCAUUAUUGGCACACAAGGCAAACCGUCUUUCUCGUUCAAAUUUCCAGCGUUGGGACUUUUUACUGGAUUUCUUAAUGCGAGGGCGCAGCGGCAAGCUAACGUUAAGGAAUAUUCGGGAAGGCGAGUCACGAAUGAUUCGUUAAUAAUGGUCUACUACCACGAUCAAACCGUCGCCAUCACCGAAUUGGGCCCGAAAAAACUGCUGCUCAAUUGCGAAUUAAUCGAAGUUUAUGAACCGGACCAUGCUUUGCACGCCUUGGGAGAGCUGCAAGAAAUGGCACAACCCGUGUAUAUAUCGCUAAUGGAGAUGUUGACAUUGAUGUCCCAAUGUGACCAAGUGGAUCGAAAAUCUCACAUCAGUGCGACAUCGCUCCAUCAUCAAACCGCUCCCAUGGAAAAUAGGGGGAUCUUAUCCAACAACCCCCUAACCUUAUUCAGCGGAAUUAUACCAGGUACAAAGUGGUGCGGUACGGGUGACAUAGCAAACGAUUAUUUCGAUCUAGGAGCUGAGCCCAAUGUCGAUAGGUGUUGUCGCGCGCACGAUCUAUGCCCAGUGAAAGUGAGGGCGUAUUCCCAACGCUACAACUUGACUAACAAUUCGCUUUAUACCAAGUCGCACUGUGUAUGCGACGACGAUCUUUUCGACUGCCUAAAAUCGUCCGAUUCGCCAACCGCUCACAUUAUGGGAAACGUAUAUUUUAAUUUAGUUCAAGUGCCUUGCGUCGAAGAUAGGGAGAACAGAAGAAAAUUUAGGAAAGCGAAGAACAGCUUUUAAUAUUGUAAUUUAGCGUAGACAAUUUCCCAAUAAAUUAUUUCUUCUGGGUAGUUAGUGUUACGGAACUGGCAAUUUGCUCAUUAUAGUUAAAAAAUAAAAUGUCACACAGCC